AUUAAAUCCAAGUAAAACAUCUACUUUUAAGGUUUUUAAAUACAUUUUGGAGAAUAAAAUGUCAAAAUGUGGGUGAAAAUGUUCCAUUCUCAUUCAAUGUAACAUUUUUAUUUAUGUAAAAAUUGAGACGACACACUAAUUCUGACUUGUACGCAUUGAAAUAUAUAAAAGAAUAAGUGAGCAUACUAAAUUUUAUUGCAUUUUAAAUGAGUAAAGAAUUCUUGCUGACAAAUGGGCAAAACCUAGAAUAGUGGCAAAGUUUAAAAAUUUAAAAUUACAAGUAGCCUAGCAAAUGGGGUAAAAGUAAUUAGUCUUUAAUAUGGCAUAAAUAGAUUUUUUUGUUGUAAAUAAUGACAUUUUAGUGUGUGUCUUCUGUAAAUCAUGGUAAAAAUGUAUAUUACAUUUUUGCUCAGAAAAAAAAAAAAAAAUCAAAUUACAUAGGACCAAUUCUGAUGUACUGAAAAACAACAACAAUUCAAAGCUGUAUUACACAUUGUUUUGAUGCCUGAAAACCCUUUUUUGUCUUUGACCCAUAUACGUAUGUAUGCAUGUAUAUAGGAAUUCACAGGCUGCCUAAAAGCUCAAACCAUCAUAAUCAUUUAUCACCAACAUGAACUCCAUAAAGCUUCUUUUCUAUUCCAUCCAUAAAUAACAGUGCUGUCAUGAAGGGCCUGAAGUUCUUCAGCAGGAGUCUGAUAUCCAGACAGACAGAUCGAGCCCUCCUCUGUCUCUGUGUGUGUGUGUGUGUGUGUGUGUGUGUGUGUGUGUGUGAGGGGGCGGAUAGCUCAGAUUCUCCUGCAUUGUGUCUGGCUGGAGUGUGGAGAGAUGCAGUGCACAUUGAAACAGUCAGUGUGUGUGUGUCUAUGGGACAGAUCACAGCUCCGCUCUUCACCAACAUCUUCUCCGGUAGAAGCUCAUCUACGCUGACAGUGCCGAUCAUGGCCUCCUGCGCUCGGAUCCUGUGCGCGAUGCUGUUCGCCGGGGUUCUUCUCUCGAGUCCGGCCGAAUCCAAGCGGAACCGGGGCGCGAUUCCUCAUCCGGACAAGAGCAACCCGAACGAGUCGGACCAGAGCCCGCAGCAGCAGCAGCAGCAGCAGAGGGGCAGGAGCAGAGGCUCGGAGGAGGUUCUGGAGUCCAGCCAGGAGGCGCUGCACGUCACCGAGCGCCGCUACCUGAAGCGGGACUGGUGCAAGACGCAGCCGCUGAAACAGACCAUCCACGAGGAGGGCUGCAUCAGCCGGACCAUCAUCAACCGCUUCUGCUACGGACAGUGCAACUCCUUCUACAUCCCGAGGCACGUGCGCAGGGAAGAGGGCGCGUUCCAGUCGUGCUCGUUCUGCAAACCCAAGCGCUUCACCACCAUGACCUUCACCCUCAACUGCCCCGACCAGCAGCCGCCGACCCGGAAAAAGCGCGUGCAGCGGGUCAAACAGUGUCGCUGCAUCUCCAUUGAGCUGGACUGAGCGACGGGCGCGCGCGAACAGUGUCCGCGAACAAGAACACGCGCGAAACUCUGGAGGCAUAUUCGCGCCACUUACGAUAAAAAACAUGCUCUGGAAAAUCUUGAUUAUGACACGAAAAGACAGAGUUAUGACACACUAAGUCAUAAUUAUGAGAUUCGAAGUCAAAAUUGUGACGUACUAAGUCAAUUAUGAGGUAAAAAGUCUAAAUUAUUAUAAAGUAGAAUAUAGACACUAAAUCGAAAUUUUAUGAGAUUAAAAAAUCAAAAUUAUGACAUAAAAAGUUGAAAUUGACACUCCAAGCCAUCAUUUUGAUCUUUGUUGAGUCAUAAUUAUGGCAUAAAAAGUCAAAAUUAUGAUGUAAAGUCGAAUUUAUGACAUGCUAAUUCAUAAUUGAAUUUGAAUAAUACUUGAAUAAUUGAAAUUGACACUCUAAGCCAUCAUUUUGAUUUUUGUUGAGUCAUAAUUAUGGUAUAAAAAGUCAAAAUUAUGAUAUAAAGUCGAAUUUAUGACAUGCUAAAUCAUAUGAAUUAUGAAAUUAAAAAAAAAGUCAAAAUUGUGACAUUCUAAGUCAAUUAUGAGAUGCAAAAAAUUGAAAUUAUGAGUCACAAUUAUGAUUAAAAAGUUGAAAUUGACAUGCUAAGUCAUGAUGUAAAAAGUCUAAAAACUAUUAUAAAGUAGAAUAUAGACACUAAGUUGAAAUUUUAUGAUUAAAAAUUCAAAAUUAUGACGUAAAAAGUUGAAAUUGAAUAAUUUAGACUUUUGUCAGUUAUGACAUACUAAAUUGAAAUUAUGACAUGCUAAAUCAUAAUUAUGAGACUAAAAAGUCAAAAGUAUGACAAAAAGCCAAAAUUGACACUAUUUUUUUGGGUCAUAAUUAUGAUACAAAGUCGAAAUUAUGCCAAGUCAUGAAAUUAAAAAGUCAAAAUUGACACACUAAGUCUAUUCUGGAUUUUUUUUUUUUUUUUUUUUUUUUUUUUCAUGAUUAUGGUUUAUAAAGCAGAAUUUAUGAUACUUCAAUUAUGUGAUUAAAAAGUUGAUAGUCAUAAUUAUAAAACAAAAAGUAUAAAUUAUGACAUACUAAGUCAAUUAUGAGAUAAAAAGUCAAACUUGUGACCUUUUUGUCAAUUUUAACUUUUUAUGCCAUAGUUAUGAUUUUUAAUAAUGAUUUCAACUUUUGUCAUAAUUUCAGAUUUACACAUUAAAAAAUGUCAAUUUCGAUUGUCAGAAUUUGAACUGGUUUGAUUUUUGUCAUAAUUUCGACUUGUCAAUUAUGUUUUACGAAAGCUUAAUUUUUUCCCGUAUGUGGCAUGAAUGUGCUUCCAUAAGUACUAGACACACUUGAUGUGCUGAUCUAGAAGAGCAUCAGCAGCAUCUGUCACCGUUACACACCAAACACACUCCACGCUUCCGCUGUACACAUCAAUCCUACACAAGCACAACGGAUACUCGUCUUUUCAAGCGAUCAGCGGGUUUUAAGAUUCUGUUAACGUUUGAGUAGAAGUGCACGUGGGUUCUUGACAUGAAAAGUGUCAUACUGUUUUAAUGAUUAUUAAACAUGCAGUUUUACACGGAGGAUUUCUACUUUAUAAAUUAAUAACAGAAGGAAAAAUCCACUCGUUUACUCACAUUUGAUUAGUCGGAAAUGAUUUUGCAUCACAAAAUCAGUUAUUUAUUCAGGUUAGAUUGAAAAAAAAAACAGAUUUUUGGUUCUCGCUGUCUGACAGAUCGUUCAUGCAUGUCAUUUCUCAGUUCAAUGGUUCAGUAAUGGUGACAGAUGCAGAAGAGCAUCAUUCCUCACGGUGAAUGUCUUCAUUCAUCUCCACAUAGAAGAACGCUUACGGACUGAUAGUUUCCACUAUGUGGAACGACUUUAUUUAAUGUGACCGAACGAGACACUGUUGUUCAUGUUUCUGCUGGAUUGCUGUGAAUGCUGAGAUUCUUCAUAUUCGUCUAUUUAUAAUAUCAGAUAGAAGAAUGAAAGAUUAUAUACAGUUUAGUUGUGAAGACCAAAUUAUCACACAUUUUGUUGAAGUUGUACAGAUGUUGUGUAUAAUGUUGUAGAUAGAGGCUUGUAUGAAGGUGUGGAAAGAUCAUAUUAAUAAAAGGUCAAACAUUU